CGAUUGUUAUUCACAUUCAUUGCUAUGACUCGAGUGUCACCAAACAGUUGACUCGAUUUGUUAUAAUUAGUUUGAAACUCAUUAUAAUAACUGUUUGUUUAAAAAACUGUUUGAAAUCUCAAAUGAUUUGAAAUGAUGUCUAAAAUAUUGAUUCAAAGUUUUGUGUUAUUUAUUGUGAUAUUAAUUAAGUGUCAUAUAGUGGACAGCAGUUGUGUAUUUAAUGGCUAUUGCGGUGAUUGUCACAACUGUAUUGUUGAAGAAUCGCCGAUCCCGUGUGCGGUCAACAUAAAACCGAUGACAUUGAACACGACAUCAAUGGAUGCGAUGAAACCAUUUCUUCCGGAACUAUUCAAAGGUCAAUUGGAUCCAAAGUUUUGUUGUAACGAUGAACAGGUGUCCAAAUUGUUUAAACAAAUGGCACUUCCGAAAGGAUUGACGAGUCGUUGUCCGUCUUGUACUUACAAUUUCAUCCGAACUUUCCUAUACAUGACGUGUAGUCCGAAUCAAUCAGAUUUUAUAAAAGUGACCAAAACUGAAAAAGCAGAGACAGAUCCUAAAAAGGAAAUGGUCGCUGAAAUAACCUAUUAUAUGACCGACCGAUACGCGACUGCCUUUUAUAAUUCGUGCGCAAACGUUCAGUCGCCACUAACCGGUGGAUCCAUUAUGACAUUGAUGUGUAUGCCUUAUGGCGAUCACUGCACACCCACUUUAUUAUUGAAAACGAUGGGCAAACACGACUCGCACGGCAUUUCUAAUUCUCCGUUUCAGAUAAAUUUCGAUUUGAAAUCUAAUUCGGUUGGCAUGUCAUCAAUGGACGCGCCAACAGUGUCUUGUGCUGACCCACCCAUAUCUUAUAUGAAUCAAUCGUGCAGUUGUACUGAUUGUCCCAUAAAAUGUAAACCUAAACCAUAUCCUAAACCAGAGGAGCCGUGGAUUGUAUGGGGAAUGGAUGGUAUGUGGUUCUGUAUGGGUGUCAUCUAUUAUAUAUUAGCCGCAGUUAUUAUCGGAAUUUUUACUUUUUAUUAUUUUAAGAGAAACUCAGGUCGAGUCCUAUUAGUGCCGGUCGUCAGUGAAGACGAUAUUAGAACUGAUGACAUAAAUGAUACUAAUUCUUCUCUUUGCAAAAGAUUAUCUCAAAGUUUAUUAAAUUAUGGCCUAAAGUUUGAUGGAUUUAUACGAAAAUGUUUCAAAAAUUAUGGACUAUUUUGUUCACAAAAACCUUAUGUUUAUAUUCUUCCUGUUAUUGGCAUUGCAUUGUCUGUUGGUUUAUCAGUGGGUGUAGUGACUCAUUUCUCGGCGAUGACAGAUCCGGUUAACCUAUGGUCGGCACCCGAUAGUAGAGCCCGAUUAGAGAAGAAUUUUUACGAUCAAAAUUUUAAUCCUUUCUAUCGAAUCCAACAAUUGAUAAUUUAUCCCAAAAAUGAUACGCCUAUUAUUCAUAUCGAUCCUUACAACACAUCUAUCAUUCAUACAUUUGGUCCGGCAUUUGAUAAAGAAUUUCUAUUACAAGUUCUCGAUCUACAGAAAAAUAUUACUAAUAUUAAGGUAUCAUUGGAUGGAAUGGAUGUCCAUUUGGAAGAUCUUUGUUUCGCUCCAAUGAAAAACAAUAAGUGUGCCGUUCAGACACCAUUGGGUUACUUUCAAAGUAAUGCGUCUCAAUUGAACAAAACGUUAAAUAAUAACAAUUACCUUGAUCAUUUUAUCUACUGUUUGGAUAACCCAUAUUCACAAAAUGACGACAAAUUUAAUAUUUCGUGUGCCGGCAGUUACGGCGGACCAAUGCUACCCAAUGUUGUAUUCGGCGAUUUUGAUAGAAAUAAUUAUAUCGGCGCCAAAUCGGUGGUCAUUACAAUUAUGCUCAACAAUAAUGUUAACAAAAGUGAUAAUCUAAGAGCACUUUUAUGGGAACAGAAAUACUUAAAUUUGAUGAAAAAAUACAAAAAUUCUAAUUUGAAAAUUAGCUACUAUUCUGAGCGGUCAAUAGAAGAUGAAAUUGAUAGACAAAGCAAAUCAAGUCUUGUAACGAUUGCCAUCAGUUAUAUCGUUAUGUUUAUAUAUAUAUCAAUAUCUUUGGGUCGGUUUACAUCAUUUAGAAGACUUUUUAUUGACUCGAAAAUGAUAUUGGGUUUGAGUGGAGUGGCGAUAGUAUUGUUAUCAGUGACCGCAUCGAUUGGUAUAUUAAGUUUUGCUGGCAUUAAAUCAACUUUAAUUAUUGUCGAAGUCAUACCGUUUUUGGUUUUGGCUGUUGGUGUCGACAAUAUCUUUAUAUUGGUUCAAAAUUUUCAACGACAACAAUUCGCAGAUGACUUUCCAAUACAAGAGAGGUUUGGAUGUGUUAUGGAAAGUGUUGCGCCGUCUAUUCUGUUGGCCACUAUAGCCGAGUCUUCAUGUUUUUUCUUGGGUGGUCUCACCUCAAUGCCAGCGGUUAAAGUGUUUGCAUUGAAUGCCGGCUUAGCUUUGCUGAUGGCAUUUAUAUUACAAAUGAUAGUUUUUGUACCAUUACUUGUAUUAGACACUUAUAGACAGUUAGAGAAUAGAUAUGAACUAUUGUGUUGUCUUAAGUAUAAAAAAGAUCGUAAUUCUCAGAACACGACUGACCAAAGAGGACUACUUUUCAGAUUUUUUGAAGAUAUAUACUCACCAUUUCUUAUGAAAGACUACGUUAGACUUCCAGUCGUAAUUUUAUUCCUGGGCUGGUUGUGCACAUCUAUUGCUGUACUCAAUAAAUUAGAAAUAGGUCUAAAUCAAGACUUAUCGAUGCCAUCCGAUUCCUAUGUAUUGUCUUAUUUUAAGGCACAAACUAAUUCGCUAAGAGUGGGCCCUCCGGUCUAUUUUGUAGUUAAGUCCGGUUUUGAUUAUCCUCGAAGACAACAACUUGUCUGUAAUAUUGCCGGCUGUUCGGCUAACUCACUGACAGCUAUCAUAAAUGAAGCCUCAAAACAACCCAACGAAACAUUUAUUGCCAGUCCGACCAACAGUUGGAUUGACGAUUACAUAAGUUGGUCGGGUAAUGGCCAAUGUUGUCGUGUCCGCUCAAAUGACACAUUUUGUAACUCAACAAUUACUAGUGAUCCUGAUUGCAAACCAUGUGCUAUCAUUACUGAUAAUGAGAUAAAAGCCGAAGAUUUUUAUAAACAUUAUAUUAAUGAUUUUCUUAACGACAUUCCUAACUCUAUGUGUCCUAAAGGUGGUGGACCCGCUUACCAUUCAGCCGUCAAUCUUGAAUAUAAUAAUAAUGACACAGAAAUAUUAGGAAUUAGAGCCUCAUCCUUCAGUUCAUAUCAUACAGUGAUGAGAACAUCCCAUGAUUUCAUAUAUGCCCUGAAAAAUGCCAGAAUUUUGGCCCAGAGUUUGACAAACUCAAUAAAUUCUGACAAUAAUAUCACCGAUACAUAUGUCGAGGUUUUUCCUUACAGUAUAUUCUAUGUAUUUUACGAACAAUAUCUGACCAUUUGGAUGGACACUAUUAAAAAUCUAGUGAUAACAUUGUCGGCCAUAUUUGUGGUCACUUUGAUAUUUUUGGGAUUUGAUGUGAUAUCAGCACUUAUAGUGAUUGCAACCAUUACAGCCAUUAUUAUAAACUUAAUGGGAAUGAUGUUUUGGUGGAAUAUAUCACUUAAUGCCGUAUCGUUAGUCAAUUUGGUUACUGCUGUCGGCAUAUCAGUUGAAUUUUGCUCACAUAUUACUCGUGGAUACGCUAUGAGUAAUGCUGUCACUCGUGUCCAAAGAGUAGAAGAAUCAUUGGCACAGAUGGGUAGUUCAGUUCUGUCGGGAAUUACAUUAACAAAGUUUUGGGGAAUCAUUGUAUUGGGUUUCGCCUCCUCCAAGAUAUUCCAGAUAUUCUACUUUAGAAUGUAUUUGGGAAUUGUAUUAAUCGGUGCACUUCACGGACUAAUCUUUUUGCCUGUCAUUCUCAGUCUAAUUGGAUCUAAUCUGAGACACAAAACUUUGAACAAUGGAUAGUCAUUAACAUGUUUUAUAUGUAAAUUUAAGAUAACCUUAUUAUAUACUUAUUUAAAAAAUGUUUUUAGUUUCGAUACCUGUUUAUACAGAAUA